AUGAAGGCUUUUAUUGUACUAUCACUGUGGGUAGGAUGUGCCUUCGCUGCAGCCACGGAUCAUAGUUGGUCUUCAAAGAAAAUUCUACCGAAAGGGUUAGAAGUGCUUAAUGGAGCUGGCAAUUACAAUGGAAGAAUUGUUGGAGGUGUAGAAGUAAGCGUAGCGCAGUAUCCGUAUCAAUUAUCCCUACGUUCCAACGGUAAUCAUUUCUGCGGUGCUUCGGUAAUCUCUCACAAUUGGGCAUUGUCAGCAGCCCAUUGCACAUUCCCAGUCCCAGCGAUAUCAACCAUAAGCCUUCGUGGUGGUAGUGCUAGCCACAUAUCAGGUGGCGUAAUUUUUCAGGCUGCUCAAAUUGUGAAUCAUCCCAACUAUAACUUCAAUACCCUUGAUUUCGAUGUCUCUGUCAUACGUAUCACAACUUCGUUUAGCGGUAAUAAUAUCGCACCAAUACCACUGGUACCCGCUGGAACAGAGGCAGCUAUUGGAACAAAUUGUAUUGUGUCAGGAUGGGGUCUAACCGCUGUUGGCGGAAAAAUACCGACAAAUUUAAUGGCCGUCAACAUACCGAUUGUUUCACAAACUACAUGCAGCAGGCAAUGGGGAGUGGCUAGUAUCACUGGAAACAUGAUUUGUGCUGGGCAGCCGGGCCGUGAUUCAUGCAACGGAGACAGCGGAGGUCCACUGGUUACUGGUGGACGUCAAGUGGGCAUCGUAUCAUGGGGUGCUACACAAUGUGGCGGAUCUUUACCUGGAGUGUACACACGUAUUGCGUCAGUUAGCAUCCGGAAUUUUAUUACUUCCAUCGUUGGUAUUUAG